UAAGAGGGGUUCCAACAUCUACAUGUGGCUACUUCAUCACUUAAAUUGGGGAAAAUUAUAAUUUUCUAUACAGUUACACAUGCAAUCGAAUUACAGCUAUAGGUUUGGGUAAACACACGUGCGCGCACGCACGCAACACAUACAUAUUUGAACAUACGCAUAUUUACAUGCACGCACACAUAAUUAUACGUUGCUGACAGAUGUCAUGGAAUCUGUAUAGAUACACUUAGAAAUAAACUUGUACAUCCGUGUAUAGAUACAUUGAAAUGGUAUUUCCGUUCUUCCUCUUAGAGGGAGACAAAAACAUAGCUAUUGCAUUGUUUUUCUCUAUUCCGGAUAUGAUUAUUGAAAAUGUUUAUAGUUAAUCAGAGACUUAUCAGAUUUGGUUACUCUUUUGGACAUAGAAGUUGUGAGAAAUGUCUGCGGUGAAUGUAAUCGUUUUCUGCUGUGGAAUCUUAUUGAUACUUUCAGCCAAACAGAUUUCUACGGGAGAUUGUGUCGCAGAUAAUGAGAAGGAAGAAAAUAAUUGUAAUAAAAGUACUUGCUUCAGAAAACCUGACAGUUGUAAAGGUCAUGAUGGAGUUGACUUGUUUGGUAAAAACCAGAGAUACCAAUGUCACUGUAAACACCUUAGUGACUGUGAGUUCAGAAACUUUACGAAAUGUAAAAAUGGAUGCUUACCUGGAUAUAAAAAGCCAUAUUGUCAAAAACGAAAAUAUCAUGAAUUCAUAAAGAACGAGUCGAGCACGUAUUCCUAUUUAUUUUCCUCUGAUAACAAACAGGCAAAGAAACCCCAAAUAGUUAUAAACUUCCGAAACAUAUACAGAUUUAGUACUGUAGAAAUUUACAGUAAUUUUGCGGAUUCAACAAUGAACGUUACCUGUCCACCAGGAAUGGAAUGCAAAGUAAAACGAAACACAAACAGAACAAUUUGUAUCGGUGACGUAAAGGGUCCUACAUUGGAUAUUGAUGGGACAGCUGGAAUUUAUCGUAUUAAGUUAUUGGGAUGUCCACCACAAUUGUAUGGUAAAGACUGUAUCAAUGAAUGUCAUUGUUCUCGAGCGGAAUCAUGUCACCAAAUUACUGGAAAGUGUAAACGUAAUGGCUGCGAAGAUGGAUGGUAUGGAGAGAAGUGUGACAUGCAAACAUAUGUUAAUAUUGCUGAAGGUAAACAAACAAAUCAAUCAAGUACUUAUGGAGAGUCAGGAACACGUGUUUUCUAUAAUGGAACAUGUAUUGACAGGAAUGUAGGCAUGACAUCCGACAAGGCGGUUGACGGCAAUUUUGAUCCUGGAGUCACACAUGAAUCAUGUGCACAUACUAAGGAAAGAAACCCAUUUUGGCAAGUGACGUUUGAUAAGCCAUACAAGAUAUAUCAACUGAGAAUAUACAAUCGAAUGAAAAGCCGUGACAGGCUGAAAGGAUUUAAAGUUUCUGUUGGAUCAUCACUUUGUUUUCAAAGUCAAAGUUAUGAAUACAAUGAAGAUGUAAUUUAUAUUAAAUGUGGAAAUCCACUCACUGCAAAUUCAGUCAGGAUAUCGUUAGAUGGAGAUCGGAGAAUGCUUACUCUUUGUGAAGUGGAAGUGUUACAAUGUGUUCCUGGAUUCUAUGGAGAUAUGUGUAUGGAACGUUGUGAACUCUGUGAAGGCGCUAAAUGUGAUCAAUUCACGGGACGCUGUGAGGAAGGUUGCAUCAUAGGAUAUUACGUGCCCUAUGGUUCCCAGAAUUGCACAGAAUGUUCCAGGGGUUAUUUUGGUCGCAAUUGUACAAAGAAAUGUCAUUGUCACGCAACAUGUAACCACAUAAAUGGAUCGUGUUCAGGAUUGUGUCAUGCAGGAUACACCGGGUACAACUGCCAAGAAGAAUGUGAAGCUGGUAGAUUUGGUAGUAAUUGUAGACGGACAUGUCAUUGUAUUGACGAGGAAAACUGCAACAGAACAAAUGGAAACUGCUCAGAUGGAUGUUCUGCUGGAUAUAGAGGCUACAAUUGUCAACAAAAAUGUCCCGAUGGUAGCUUUGGUCACAAUUGCAAUGAGUCCUGUCAUUGUUCCGUAGCAUGUAACCACAUAAAUGGAGAGUGCCCAGGUGAAUGCGAUAAUGGAUACACCGGAUUCAACUGCCAAAAAGAAUGUGAAGUUGGUAGAUUUGGGCGAAAUUGUAAACGAACAUGUCAUUGUAUCGACAACGAAAGCUGCAACAGAGUAAAUGGAUCAUGUGAAGGUGGAUGUUCUGAUGGAUAUUUAGGCUUCGAUUGUCAAGAAGAAUGUCUCAGCGAUAAAUUUGGUCGCAAUUGCGCAAAGUCCUGUCAUUGUUCCCAAACAUGUAACCACAUAAAUGGAUUAUGUCCAGGUGAGUGUGAUGCAGGAUACACCGGGUACAACUGCCAAGAAGAAUGUGAAGUUGGUAGAUUUGGUAGAAAUUGUGGAGGGACAUGUCAUUGUAUCGACGACGAAAACUGCAACAGAAAAACUGGAAAAUGCCCAAAAGAAUGUUCUGCUGGAUAUAAAGGCUACAAUUGUCAACAAAAAUGUAAAGGAGAUAAAUUUGGUGUAAAUUGUAAAGAUAUAUGUCACUGUGUUGACAACAAAAAGUGCGACAGACGAAAUGGGACAUGUCCAGAUGGGUGUGCUGCUGGAUAUGACGGUGAUAAUUGUCAACAAGAAUGUUCCAGUGGUAGCUUUGGUGAUAGUUGCAAAGAGCAUUGUCAUUGUUCCCUACCAUGUAACCACGUAAAUGGAUCAUGUCCAGGUGAUUGUGAUGCAGGAUACAGCGGAUCCAGCUGUCAAGAAGAAUGUGAAGGAGAUAAAUUUGGUGUAAAUUGUAAAUAUAUAUGUCACUGUGUUGACAACAAAACCUGCGACAGACGAAAUGGGACAUGUCCAGAUGGGUGUGCUGCUGGAUAUGAAGGUGACAAUUGUCAACAAGUCUGUUCUAGGUUUACAUUUGGUCCUCAGUGCAAAAAGUCUUGUCAUUGUUCCAAACCAUGUAACCACAUCAAUGGAUCGUGUCCAGGUGAAUGUGACCCAGGGUACACCGGAUUCAACUGCCAACUGUGCAGAGAGGGUAAAUUUGGUGCCAAUUGUAGUGGUGUAUGUCAUUGUGUUGACAACAAAAACUGCAACAAACAAAAUGGAAGCUGUUCAGAUGGAUGUUCUGCUGGAUAUGAAGGUGUCAGUUGUCUGCAAGAAUGUUCCAGUGGUAGCUUUGGUCAUAGUUGCAAAGAGCAUUGCCAUUGUUUCCGACCAUGUAACCACGUAAAUGGAUCAUGUCCAGGUGAUUGUGAUGCAGGAUACAGCGGAUCCAGCUGUCAAGAAGAAUGUGAAGGAGAUAAAUUUGGUGUAAAUUGUAAAGCUAUAUGUCACUGCGUUGACAACAAAACCUGCGACAGACGAAAUGGGACAUGUCCCGAUGGGUGUGCUGCUGGAUAUGAAGGUGACAAUUGUCAACAAGAGUGUUCCAAUGAUAGAUUUGGUCUUGGAUGCAAUGUGUUAUGUCGUUGUUCUGAAAAGUGUAACAACAUUAACGGCUCCUGUCCAGGUACAUGUGAUGAAGGAUACCACGGAUUCAACUGCCAACAAGAGAAAUCUACCCAAAGUAUCUUGGUGUUCAUGUUAGUUCCAUUGCUCUUGUUCAUAUUACUAAUCAUAGGACUGGUGACUGCGAUUUGGUAUUGGAAAUUUAGGGGUAAAAGACCAAUUGCAAAACGUGACGAGAAAAUACCGGAGAAUAAGUAUGCAGAAGCCAUUCCUGAAGAUACAGCCCAACUUUAUGAAGAAAUCCAGUUGAACGAAAACGAAAGUAUAUACGUGAAUGUGGCCAGUACCUCGUUUAAGUCAAAUCUGCAGGAAUACGUCUCUGAGAAGAAACAGGAAUUGGAACCAUUUUAUGAUGAGUUCUUGAGACUGCCAAAGACCUUACCACUGCCUUAUACUGAAGCAACAAAACCUGAGAAUACAAAGAAGAAUCGCUAUAAAACGAUACUGCCUUACGACCAUUCACGUGUUAGGCUUCAACCUGACGAGAUGUCCUCCUCAGAUUACAUCAAUGCAAACUUCAUCAGUAACCAGCGUUAUAUUGCUUGUCAAGGUCCUACACAAAAUACGGUGACGGACUUCUGGAGGAUGAUCUGGCAAUUGAAAUGUAAUACUAUAGUCAUGUUAACUGACAUUGUGGAAAAUGGAAAGAUGAAGUGUAUGCAGUAUUGGCCAGAUGAAGAGCAUACUGAGUCAUUUGGUAACAUCGAAGUUACACAUAUCAACACUAGCUAUCAUUCAACUCAUAUACACCGAAGAUUUAUUAUUUCAAAGACUGAUGUUUAUUUACAGACAGGUGUUUCUCAGAAUGAAAAUGAAAGUUGGACAAUCGAUCAAUUCUUCUUUAGAAAAUGGCCAGAUCAUGACAUUCCACAACAUGCAGAAUAUAUAUUAAACUUUAUACAUGCUAUUAAGAGCAUGGAUAUAAAAUACCCUGUGGUCGUACAUUGCAGUGCUGGUGUCGGUCGUACCGGAACUUACAUUUGCAUUGACAUUCUUCUCAAUGAAAUGUUGAGUGGUGAAGCUAUUGAUGUAUUGGCAUGUGUUACGAAGCUUCGGGAGGAGAGGAUGCAUAUGGUCCAGAAAAGGAUACAGUUGGAGUUUAUAUAUGAUGUUUUAGUCGAGAACAUUCUCACCGGAGAUUACGACAUCGAUGUCAGUAACAUUCCAGAAGAAUUCUCUAGAAUAAAGGAAACUGAUAAUUCAUCAAGAGUAUCAAUUUUGGAGCAUCAGUUUCAGGAUGUGAUUAACCAAGUGAACAUACAUGAAUCGAACUUUGCUUUAAAAGAGGAUGAGUUAGCGAAAUUCAAUAUGAACGGGGUAUUCAUCGAUGGGCCUUCAUGUGAAAAUGAAUUUCUUGUAACGGAAAUACCAGAAGAAGGUAAAACAGUAUAUUUCCUGAAAUGCCUGAUCAACAAAGGUUAUCUCAAUAUCGUAGCAUUCUUUGAUCCAAGUGGGGAUCCACCUAAUUACUUGCCAAGAACACUGAACGAAUCAAUUAAACUGGGUCAGUAUCUCAUAGAACUAGUUAGUGUUGAGGAUAAAGGUAUAUGUAUACACAGUGCUUUAAAGGUUAGGUUCCAUAACAAGAAAAUGUUUGUUGAGUCAUGAUAACAACCCAAAAAUUACAUUUUGUCGACGUGGAGAAAACCAAGAAAAAUCAUACAAUGAAACAGGGUACGUUAUGUAGCGGUAGAAUAUAUUGAUGUUCGGGAGAAACAACCAAAAAUAUUGUAUUCGGUACCGCAGUCUUAGACAAUAAUGAAUAAAACUAGAUACCUAGAUGUUAUUAUAGCAUUACGAAAUACAAAAAAAUAAGAACUAUUAUAAUCAUACACCAGAGAUUGACAACCAUUUACCUAGAAUAUGCUAGAUAUUGAUGUAAAGGUUCGCCAGAGAAGGAU